AUGCGCCGCUCUUUCCACGCUGCUCUACUCGCCGAGCCAGAGCGUUUCCUCCUCACUGUCGACGCAGACGCCGCCGAACCAAUGCUGCGCAGUGCCCUGUGCCGCAGCUGCCCCGAGCACCCGCCCGUGGGUGGCAAUUCGGACACCUGGCUCGACAUUGGCUCCAUGGGACCCUUUCUCGCCGAGUUCCUGAGCGAUCGGCUAGUCGCUCUGCAUCCCUCCUUUCUCUCUGCGGGCGCGUUGCAGGGGGAGACUUACCUCCCGCUACGCCUGCUGCACGAGCCACGCACCCGCGUCAUUCUCCACACGGGUGGGAAUCACUUCUGCGUGGCUCGCCUGCACGGCUCCAGCGGCGGUGACAACGAGCCCUCGAGUCAUGGCGUGAGUGUCGUGUGUCGAUGCCGCCGAGACGCCCGGCUCACUCUCAUGCAGAACCAGAGCGGCGGUCGCGACAGUGACGACACCACGUCGGGCGGCCACGGCUCUCCCGACUCACUCAGCCUCCCUCCUCCUCAAGAAUGGUGGCGCAGAGCCGCUCGGGCAUUCCAGACUAAUGCCUGGGUGUCUCUGGGGCAGCACUAGAUGAUAUCCAUCCAUCUGCGUGACAAUUGAUGCCCGACGAAGCAAGCUCCUGCGGCGCGACAGCGGCUCGCCUCCGCCUCUUGGCCGUCGG